AUGACAAAUAGGAGAAGUAGAGGGAAAUUUCUAGUAAACUUAGUAGCAAAAGGUGAACAACCACCACCGUAUGAUAAGUCUGGGGAAAGGUUGAAAAAUAUAGACGUAAAUAGUUCUACCUCCUUUGAACAACGUCCAUAUGAAACUAAAGGAGUUGACUUAAAACACUUGGACUUAAAUAAUUUAAAAAAUGCCUUCUCCUCUCAUACAAAAAUAGAUACCUUAGUUGGACGAAGGCCUGUUGCUCAUAUCACUCCUAUUAAAAGGAAUAUUAAUGAAAAUGCGCAGCAUGUAGAUGUUGAGCUUCUAGAAAGAAGUAGAAGAGACAUUUUUAAUACUUCCAUCUCUAGCACUUCAUUUGUUAACAACUAUGACAACGGUACUGGAAAUACGUCCAACGUGUCUCUUCGGCAAAAUGAGAAUACCUCUAGGGAUAAUAAUUUUACAAUGGAGCUAAGAAAGCGUAAAAGAACCUCAAUCAACAAGAAAGAUAACUACGACUCACUAGAAAUUCCCGAUUCUCCAAAUGAUGCAUUUGAAGAUUCAGGUAGCUCUUAUGUUAUAUCAGAUAGGGAAGAAACUGUAGCUAGCCAUUCAACUUCUUUCGUUUCGGAUACUACAGAUGGACAUGGUACCCCAAAUAAUACUGACACUGUCUUACAAACAGAAUUUGAAUCUCAGUGCUAUGAACCCGAAAACGAAAAUUCUGAAGCUGAGAGUAAUAUUAUUUCUCCAAUUGUACCAGUUGAAAAGUUUGUUUCUAUAUGUCCAGGUGACAUUGGUGGUCCUACUAGUAAGCAAACUGCAGAUUAUGAUGAUACUGAAUUACGAACUAAACACGGACAAAUCCAAAAUGAAGUCACUAUAGACAUAGCUUCAAAAAUAGGAGGGAAAAGGAUCAGGGACAAAGAACAUGCAUGCUAUUUCUGCCAAAAACUAAUUUCCAAACCGAAAUUGUCUAAAGAACGACGUGAUGCUUUUUCCAACUUAAUAAGAUAUGGAGAUUUUUACCACAAUUGCGACGUACUUGCCACAAAAAAUGGGAACCUCAUUUUGGCAAGAAGGGUCAGUCCCGCAGAGGAACAGUUUACAAAAUAUUAUGAUUACGGACCUUGUCCAGAAUGUUUAGGCUUUCUUUAUAAGAAGCAUAUCUGGCACCAUUUAAAAUAUAAAUGCAAAUCAAAAUCAGUAGAAACUGAAUUAAGAGAAGAAGAAUCACUAUGCUCAGGAAAAGGACCGAUUGCAGAGAGUACUGCAUUGUUAAAUGGAAUAAUUGGAACUAAUUUAACACCAGAAUUUUUAGAGAUAGUUCAUAAAUUCCGAAAUGAUGCUAUAUCAAAUAGAUGUAAAGAGGAUGAGACUAUUAUGCGUUACGGAGCAUUUUUAUUUGAAAAAUAUAGUUCAACUCAGUCAGAGUUAAUAAGACAAUCUAUGCGGCAGCUUGGACGUUUGUCUUUAGAACUCAAAAAACAAGGAGAAUUGUUCCAAAAUCUAAAUGAAAUGCUGAUUCCAGAGAAGUUUGAUGUAAUAGUUAAUGCAACAAAGGUAGUUUGUUUGUCACAAAGACAAGAUACUACCAAACGACCAGAGUUUGGAAUCCCAUCUUUAGCUCUAAAAAUUGGCUACGGAUUAAAAAAAUGUGCUGCCAUUGAAAGAGGCCAAAGCCUUAGGAAAGGUGAUUUGAGACAAAACAGAAAAUACUUGGGUUUCCUACAUUUAUUAAAUUUAGAGUGGGCUGUCAAAAUUUCAUCAAAUGCGUUGUCGACUAUGCAUACAAGAAAAUCAACAGCGGAAGAUUUACUGCCCGUUACUGAUGACUUAGUGAAACUUAACAAGUUCCUAAAUUCUGAGAUAAACAAGAUAAAAGAAAAUGUUUGCAAUGAAAAUUAUUCGAAACUUUUAUCAUUGACAUUAGCCAGGAUAAUUAUGUUCAACAAAAGGCGUUCUGGUGAAGCUGCAAAGAUGACAUUGAAUCAGUAUUUAUCCAAACCCAAUUGGAGCAAUACUGGUACACAGGAAUUGAAGGAUUCACUAACACCUCUUGAAGUUAAAUUAGCGAAUGCUCUAACAAUAGUGAAAAUAAUUGGCAAACGUGGAAGAAUAGUACCUAUUAUCCUAACCGAAGAUAUGAAAGAAUCAGUUGAUUUGAUUAUCUCAAAACGUAUACAGAAUGGUAUCCUUGCUGAGAACCCAUUUGUAUUUGCUAUUGCAAAUACGACAGCAAGUCACAUAAGGGGACACGAUUCUCUAAAAAAAUGGUGUAUAGAAGCUGAGCUACAGUCACCCGACUUAGUAACUAGUACUAAAUUGAGAAAAUACAUAGCCACCGUCUGUCAAGUAUUUAACUUGACAGAAAAUGAGUAUGAUUGGCUAGCUCGGCAUCUAGGCCACGACAUUCGUGUACACAGAGAAUUUUAUCGAUUGCAGGAGAAUGCGGUUGAAUUAACAAAAGUGAGCCGCUUACUUCUAGCUGUUGACCAAGGGGAGGUCCAUAAAUAUUCAGGAAAACAGCUCAAUGAAAUAUCCAUUCAAGAUCUUGCCGGCAUCGAGUAUAAUGAAGCGCUAGCUACAGAAGAAAAUGAAUCUCAAGAGAUAGCAGAAACAAAUAUAGUAACCUAUGAGGAAGAUGAACCUAACAAUGCUCAUUUAUCAUUAAAAGGUGAAAAUAGAAAUAAAACAGCAGCACAAAGUAACAAGAGCAGAAAAACUUAUAAAAAGCAAUCAUGGACAACAGAAGAAAAAGAAAUUGUCCUGAAAGAAUUCAAACUAUUGAUAGAACAUGGCAAUCUACCUGGGAAAAAACAAUGCAACGACUUAAUCGAGAAGCACAAAAUCUUUACCGAUAGAAAGUGGACAGAUUUGAAAUUUUUUAUUAAAAAUCAUCUUUCAAAGAUUAGUAAGCAAAUUCCUAAAAAACAUUAA